GCAAUCACCCAGUCUCUGCCCUAUGCCCCAGGGACCUAUGUAAGGGUUAUUUAUCCUCCCUAUUUAAGAGGUGGGGGCUGUUUGCCUGGCUGUGAGCUCUGGGACGUGUGUGUCUUGGCAAUGCUUAUGUGCUGAAAUCCCAUGGGAAUGCCACUGGACUGGUGAGUCCUCACUGGGGGCAAAUGGGCACCCUGCUUCCUGCUGCUGGUUCUGAUCAUGGCCAGCUUUUCCCACCACUGGCUCAUCUGCCCCUUAGGUGCUUGUGUUAUUUGGAGGGGGGUUCUCAUCACACAGGAUGGCAGUGCUGAGGGCAUGGACUGGGACCAUGGACUUGUUAUUUAAUGGCCAUGAUUAGUUGUUCUGCAAUUAGCAGGGUCAUUGGGUUUCUAGACCUUGCUCCCGCAGCGUGGAUUGGCACAGGGAUUUUUAUGACUCAAAAAGCACCUGUGGGAGGAGGGAGCACUUAAGAGGACGCCCAGGCCAGGCCUUCUCCCUUCCCUGCCUUCAUCCCGUGACCAUUAAUCAGGCCUUUCCGGCACUGCCAGCUUUCCCAUGGCUAAACCUCGGGAUUUGAGUACUUAAUCCCCCUCCAGACCAUGAAUCUUUGUGGUACUUUGCAUCCUCCCCACGCUGGGUGAUGCUAUAUGAGCAUCACAUCCCACCAGGGGAGAGCUGAGGGGCAACUAUAAGCCUAUGGCUUGGCUCAGCCUAGUGCUGACCACCCAACUGGUGUCUAACACGGGUGGCCCCAUACCUCGUGUGCACAUGAACUUACUUUCACAACCAGCACCAUGAGCGCUGCCAUCUCUCUCUGGAGCAUCCCUGGCGCAGGGUGUCUGCAUCCCUCCGCCUCUGGGUCUGCAGCUCUGCUUCGGGGAGGGGGUAAACCCCGACUCACUCACUCCUAAAAGGGAGCAGAAGGUGAUGGAAGCCGAGGAAGCAAAGCCUGGUGCUUCGUGCAUCCAGGCUCUUUGAGAGGAGAUGUCCAAACGCCGCCUGAAAUGGGCCUCCCCCAAGCCUUUUCGCACAGCGAGACCGAGCGCAGCUGCUUUUCCUCUUGCAAGAACAUCUCCUGGGGAGAAGGAACUGCAGCGACGUGGCUUUCGAUGCAUCGGAGCGCGCCUGCGGCCGGCGACGGGCUGCCCGCAAAGCCCAUCUAGCUGAUAGUCCCCGGGAUAAUGUCGCUGUCCUGCUGCAGAGCCAGUGGAGCCAUGCCCAAGAAGGAUGAGGAUGCCAAAAAGCCGGCAUCAGAGGCAGUGCCGGACCGGCGUUGGAAGCUACAAGUCUUCUACCUCUGCUUCUACGGCUUCAUGACGCAGAUCCGGCCUGGGGAGAGCUUCAUCACCCCCUAUCUCUUGGGGCCUGACAAGAACUUCACACAGAUAGAGGUGACCAACGUGAUCACACCGGUACUGACUUACUCCUACAUGACCGUGCUGGUCCCCAUUUUCCUACUGACAGACUACUUGCGCUACAAGCCGGUGCUGGUGCUGCAGAGCCUGAGCCACAUCUCCAUCUGGCUGCUGCUGGUGUUGGGCACCUCUGUCCUCGCCAUGCAGCUGAUGGAGUUCUUCUACGGCAUCACCAUGGCUGCCCGCAUUGCCUACUCCUCCUACAUCUUCUCCCUUGUCGCUCCAUCCCGCUACCAGCGUAUGGCCAGCUAUUCCCGCUCCGCCGUCCUCCUGGGUGUCUUCACCAGCUCGGUGCUGGGCCAGCUCUGCAUCACCUCGGAUGAUGUCUCCUUCCUCACCCUCAACUACGUCUCCUUGGGCUUCGUCAGCUUCGGCCUCGUCCUCACCCUUUUCCUCAAGCGGCCCCAACGCAGCCUCUUCUUCAACCGCCUCAAGGAGGCCGUGGAUGGGGCUGCCCCCACUGAGAUGGACAAGAUGGCAGGGGGGGACGGCGGCGGGGGGACACGGGGCUGGAGGGAGGUGGCACUGUGCCGUAUGCUGCGGGAGGUGGGAGCGUUGGCCAAGCAACCCCAGCUCCGGCUCUGGUCCUUGUGGUGGGUCUUCAACUCGGCUGGUUACUACCUGAUGCUAUACUACGUGCAGAUCCUCUGGAAUGAGAUCUACCCCGCCACAGACAACCGCCGCGUGUACAACGGAGGGGUGGACGCUGCCUCCACGCUGCUGGGGGCUGUUGCCUCCUUCGCUGCUGGCUACCUGAAGAUCCGCUGGACGCUGUGGUCGGAGCUGGUGAUUGGGAUGGUGACAGCUUUCCAAGCGGGAUUACUCCUGCUCAUGAACACCACCAGCAACAUCUGGCUGUGCUACGCUGCUUACGUCCUCUUCCGCGGCUCCUACCAGUUCCUAGUGCCCAUCGCCAUUUUCCAGAUUGCUACCUCCCUUUCCAAAGAGCUCUGUGCGCUGGUCUUCGGGGUCAACACCUUCUUCGCCACUGUGCUGAAGACCAUCAUCACCAUCAUUGUGGCUGACAAGAGGGGCUUGGGCUUGUCCGUGCAUCCCCAGUUCUAUGUCUAUUUCGGCUACUUCACGCUGCUGGCAGUGACCUACCUGCUGGCGGCUGUUGGUGUGGGCAUCCGGUACAGCCGCCACAAGCAGCCAGGAGAGGUGGCUUUGGCCAAGGAACCAUGCCAGGUCCCCGCAGAGCUGCCACCAGCACAGGAGCAGAGGCUGGAUGCUGGCAUUGUGCGAGCUUGAGCGCCGGCACCGCAACCACCAUGGUUGCGUCUUGGCUCCGUGAGCAUCACCGUGCGCAUAGACUGAUGUCCCACCACUGGUCCUUGGUGCUGGGACACAACCCCUUGGGACCUGUUUUCGGAAGGACUGUGGUCCUCCUCCGGCCACAAACAUAACCAGAAUAGGGGCAGGAUGCCCGUGGCUGCCAUCACUUGUGACCACACAGGAAUGUAUGGAUGGGGUGCAGGGAUUCUCGUGGCUAUCACCUCCCCAUCAUCAUGCAGAGCCAGCCUAUGAGAGGAUAAUGUUUCUUUAUUCAGUGCCUUUAGAAAAUGGUUUAUAGGACACAACUGACAAAAAAAAAAAACCAACCAAACCAAUCCACAGGCUUUAAAUUGCAUUAAUGACACAAAAUACAGUAGACUGUAAGAAAUAGAGACCGCGUGACUCACACAGCUUUUAUGGUAAGAAUUUCCCAUACAAUAACAAAAAAAAAAAGCUAGUUACAAAUGGA